AUGUCCGGCGCCCUUCUUCCCCUCCGAGCCCGGCACUGCCUCAUCACCGGCGCCUACGGAGGCAUCGGCGCCGCAAUUGCCUCCCGCUUCGCCGCCGAGGGCGCCCUGGUGACCCUCCUCGGCCGCAAGGAAGACAAGCUACGCGACCUCUGCGCUCAGCUCCCGCCCUUCCGGGAUCACCGCCUCGCCCCUCUUACCUCCUCUGCCUCUGCCUCCGCCUCAUCGUCGCCCUCAGAGGCUAAACCAGCCCAUUCUUACGCCGUCAUGGACGUCUCCGCUGACGCUCGUGAUGAGGCUGUCCUCGAUGAUAUCUGGGUUUGGACUUCCCCGUUCCCCUUCUUCAAGAAACGUACGGGCCAGAUAGACGUCCUUGUCAACGCCGCGGGUAUUGCGCAAUUCCAGCUGUUGCAAAACACCUCCCCACAGGCCGCAAGAGAGCUCAUCGACACAAACCUCAUGGGCACUAUCUUCAUGUCUAGGUACAUGGCCCAACGCAUGAAGCGCAGGCGCGCAGACAGGGAUGCCUGCAUUAUCAACGUUGCUAGCUUGCUGGCCGAAAAAGGCAGCCCUGGCACCAGUGUCUACGCUGCAUCAAAGGCCGGUAUCAUUGGCCUCACCCACGCCCUGUCCGUCGAGCUAGGGCCAUUGCGCAUCAGGACCAACGCCAUCGUUCCUGGCUACAUAGAAACAAACAUGCUUGCCGCAAUGUCGAGGGAACCUCUUGAGAAGAGGAUACCGCUGGGUCGCUUGGGGCGGCCUGACGAGGUCGCCGACGCUGCCGUCUUUCUUGCUCAAAACGCCUACGCCAAUAACUGCAUCCUGAACUUAGAUGGCGGGCUCAGUGCUGUCUGA